AACUAAAAUACAGGUAUAGAAAAUCAUUUUUCACUCCACCACAAUCCACAAUGACUUCGACAGAGGAUACACCAAUGGGCGGAACAGACCCCCAAUCUGUACACCAAGUUCAAGUUAAAUUCACGACUAGGCAUCCUGACAUUGCUGUACCGGCAGCGCCAAUUCUCGUACCUGCGAACUUGAAACGCUAUGGACUGUCGCAGAUUAUCAACCAUUUGCUCGAUACAUCUGCUGCCAUUCCGUUCGAAUUCUUGGUCAAUGGCAGCUUCCUGAAAACAUCCAUCGAGAAAUACCUUUCCGACAACGGCCUUUCAUCGGAAUCGGUUCUUACCCUCGAGUACGUCCGCGCUAUCCUCCCGCCCAAGUUCCAAGCAGCCUUCCAACACGACGAUUGGGUUUCUUCGGUUUCUGUCGGGCAGAAGAACAAGCGGAUAUUAUCUGCCUCUUACGACGGGAUUGUGAGAGUCUGGAACGAGAGUGCGCAGUGUCUGUACACUAGCGUCGGUCACACCGACGCUGUCAAGACGGUGAGAUGGAUGUCUGCUACGAAAUUUGUUUCCGCCGGUAUGGACCGGGGGCUCAGGGUUUGGGAGGUUGAUGAAGAAUCCAUUGAGGAGAAUUCUGAGAUUUAUGCUCUGGCAGAAUUGGUGGGUCAUAAGAGUACGGUGGAAAAAAUCAGCGUGGAUUCUAGCUCUGGCAGAGUGCUGUCUGCCGGAAUGGAUUCGCUCGUUGGGUUUUGGACGACAAGCAUUUCCGAGGCCCCCAAAGCGCCGAAGGGAGCUCCGGCACCAAGAUCGAAGAGGAGAAAGGAGUCCUCCACAGGCCCACCCCGCUAUGGAUCUUUACGGAUGUUAGAAGGUCAUACAUCUCCGGUUUCGGGCACCGCCUUCGACCCUAAAGAUUCGACAGUCGGAUAUUCCGUGUCCUGGGACCACACUAUCCGCACUUGGGAUCUUGCCACAUACUCUCUGGUCGAUACAAGGACGACGCAACAUCCCUUAUUAUCCGUGUGCGUGCUGCCCACGCUCUCCUUACUUGCUUGUGGAAGUUCUGCUCGUCACAUCACCCUCCACGACCCACGGGUCUCCGCAUCAACGGUUACUACCAGCACUCUGCGUGGGCAUACGAAUGCUGUCGUUGCUCUGAGUCCAAACAAGAAUAGCGAGUGGCAGAUGGUUUCUGCCAGUCAUGACGGAACACUGAGGAUUUGGGAUGUUCGGGCAACUGAGACUGGAAGCAUAUGGACAAUAGCGAGGGAAGGGGAAGGACUUAGUGGGAAGGAAAAGGUCUUUGAUGUUGAAUGGAGUGGUUUGGGUAUUGUUAGUGGUGGGGAAGAUAAGAGGGUUCAAAUUGAUGAUUCGCCUAAAGGCGAAUAGGCAGUCGAGAUUUGUGAAUGCAGAGAUUGUAUAGCCUUAGAUCCUCCAUUUUAUCUAAAGGAUAGGUUGGUGGUUAUAAUAAAUUAGCACCUUCUAAUGAC